AUGCAGACCCCAAGACUUAUCCAGCAGGGCUUCAGCCGGACACAACGCCCCCAUCGAUCCUCAACAACCUACCUUGGCACAUCGGUCGUUUUCCCAUGUGGCUCCCGAUCCCAAUCCACCGUAACAGCAGCCGCCAAAGAGCCGGAGAUCCAGCAAGCUCCACAGACUACUCGAGCCGAGACGUCGCUGAGGAGGUUUUGGAAGACGGUUGAUAUACAUAAACAGGAAGAUGGACAGUACUCCAUUCGUCUCGAUCUGCGUAAUCUCAAGACGCCAGGUGGCAAGCCCCUCGUGUUACCGAAAAGCAAGCUAGUUCUGGCCACUUUGAUUGCACGAGAAUGGGACGAGCAACGAAAGAUCCUUAAACAACACUCCCUUCCCAUGACCUCUCUAGCUUCGCGGGCUAUCGACGGCUUGAACGAAACAGAACGAGAGACAGUGAUUGAUGAUCUGAUGAGAUAUCUUGACACCGAUACGAUAUGUUUUCAAGAGUCGAAGCCUCGAGUGCUGGCCGAGAUGCAGAAAACCCAUUGGGCCCCACUACUCGCAUGGCUACAAGAGGCCUAUCAGAUCGACCUGAAAGUCCACGAAGAUUCGAUUUUAUAUUGCAAGCAGAGUCCAGAGACACAUUCGAAGAUGAGGGCCCUUGUCGUCCGCUUCGACGCUCUCAAACUAGCCGCUUUUGAACGGGCCGUUCAUGCCACCAAGUCUUUUGUCAUCGCACUGGCUCUCGUCGAGGGGCGAUUGACAGUCGAACAAGCCAGCGACGCCAGUCGAGUUGAAGUCCUCAGUCAAAUCUCUCGAUGGGGCGAAGUUGAAGAUACCCAUGACGUUGAUUACCAAGAGAUCAGGAUGAAAUUAGGUAGUGUGAGAUGUGUGUUGAUCGAUACACCCUGA